AUGUCCCUCAACGGCUCAAGGAACGACCACGCCAAUGGUGGUGGCGUCAUGAUGCAACGACAUCUGGCUCCUCCAGCCACUCAGACCCCACAACACAACCCAUACCAGUUCUCCACAACCCCGACCCAUAGUGUGUCGCAGGUGAACUCGUCCAACAACUUGCCGACUACCCCCAAGGAUCUGCCUCCCUCCUCGGCACCCGCCACAUCAGCCUUGACGGCUCCAUCCAACCGGUUCUUCGGCAUGGAAAACUUUGGCAACACAUGCUACUGCAACUCGGUGCUGCAGUGUCUCUACUACACAAAGCCGUUCCGAGAUCAGGUACUGGCCUUCGCCAAGGACGACUCGCGGCCCAAAAAACGCAGCGUACCCGGAAAGACGCCGCAUCCAUUCACUGUCAACCCCGAGUCGGCUAUCUUGUCGACUUCAACUCCUCAAGCAGCCAACCCUGCUCCUCCAGACUCGGCAGGAGCAGCCACCUCCGGACUCAGCAGUCUGUCUUUGGGCCUCAAAUCGCAGGAGUCUGUCAAUUCCAGCGGAAACCCGCCCAGUAGCAGCGGUAAUGGAAAGCUGUCCAGGCGACUGACUAUGUUUGGCAAGAAAAACAAGGACAAGGACGCGGAUCAGUCGACAAACGGGGGCCCGCCCGGAUCUGCAGGAGGACCCCCCAGCUCUGCGGGAGGCUCGGGCUUUGUUGGAGGCAUCUCUGCAUCCCCUGCUUCCAACAACAACAAUCAGGCAAGCUCGGCUCCUCCAGCUCCAGGCUACAUUGGUGAGAACGCUCCGCCACUGAACAUUCUACAGAGCAAGCCCAACUACCCCGGUCUGGAGGGAAUCCCCCUGGGCCACCGACUGCCCAACGCAAAUGUGCCUGUAGUGGGCUACACCGAAGACCCGUUUGCCACGCCGGAAAAUAAGAAAAGAGCGGCGCUGAUCACGGGCCCCAUCAUCAACCUGGACCACUCGUUUGCCCAGGACUACAGCAUGAAGGAGUCCCUGUUCACCGCGCUCAAGGACAUUUUCGAAUGCAUGAGCGAAAACUCGUCACGAAUUGGUAUCAUGUCUCCCAGCAACCUCAUCACCGUGCUCAAGCGCGAAAACGAGCUCUUCAGAUCCUCAAUGCAUCAGGAUGCACAUGAGUUUCUCAACUUUUUGCUCAACGAGGUCAUUGAGAGCGUGGACGGCUCGUCGGCAUCCCGAGACGAUUCCAAGUGGAUCCACGAGCUGUUUGAGGGCUCUCUGACAUCGGAAACAAAGUGUCUUACUUGUGAGUCGGUCUCGCGUCGACAUGAGUCAUUUCUGGACCUGUCGAUCGAUCUGGAACGAAACUCUUCGGUCACAGCCUGUCUUCGUCAGUUCUCUGCCUCAGAAAUGCUCUGUGAACGAAACAAGUUCCACUGCGACACGUGCUGUGGACUGCAGGAGGCCGAGAAGCGAAUGAAGAUCCAGCGGCUACCCAAGGUCCUGGCCCUGCAUCUCAAGCGGUUCAAGUUCACCGAGGACAUGCAGCGAAACACCAAGCUGUUCCACCGUGUGGUCUACCCCAAGUACCUGCGAAUGUUCGAGACCACCUUCGAUUGUCCCGACCCCGACAAGCUUUACGAACUGUACGCGGUGGUCGUGCAUAUUGGAGGAGGCCCCUACCAUGGUCAUUACGUCAGUGUGGUCAAGACAGAGCAUGCUGGCUGGCUGCUGUUUGACGAUGAAAUGGUCGAGGCCGUGGACCCCCACUAUGUGUUCAACUUCUUUGGAGACAACCGAGGUCUGGCCUCGGCCUACGUUCUCUUCUACCAGGAGACUACUGUGGACCAGAUGGAGUCGGAUAACCUGUCCAAUGACGUGUUCAACGUCACCACUAACGCCAAUGGCGAGCUGAUCGAGCACGUUUCGUCCACCGAGAGUGUUCCCCUUCCCUCAUCGUCGCUGCCCAACGUCCGAGAAGAUGACGAAGACGGUCCUCUGCCUACAAUCACCACAGGCUUCAACUCUUCUACUGCUCUGAGUAGUGGCAUCCAGAGUGGCGUCUCCAGCGCGGCCGGCAGCUCCUCUAACCUCCCCUCCAGUGUGGGAACCAACUUUCCGGCUGCCUCUUUGCCUUCCCUACAAGAGUCAUUUGCCACAUCUCCACAUCAACAGCAGCAUCAGCCCCAGCAGCAGUUUGGUUUCCCCCAGCAGCCAUCUGUUGGAUUCCCCCAGCCCUCUCCUGCUCCGUCUCAGAGCUCUUCGGUGGUGGGCAAUUCGAUGAUGUCGUCGUCGAUUCCUGGAAGCACGUCCAUCCACUCUGAUCUGUCGUCGUCCCACCACUCCACGGCCAACACCUCAAUGAGUGUACCUGCUCCCCCUCCUUCUGCAGGGACCGACAGCGCGCCUCCUUCCAGUAGUGGCAACAAGUUCUGGCAGCGACGAGACCGGUCUGUGUCCAACACGUCCACCGAGUCGGCCGGCAAGAAGAGCCGGUUCUCCUUUGGACGAAAGAGAUAA